UCAACCCUAGUCUUCAACACAAGAGGGGUUUAUGCUUGCUAUGGCGCCAGACCUUAAACCCUUGUCUGAACUUCGCUGCCUAACUCUGCGUUUCAAUGUCCUCAUGACCUCCUCCAAUUCUAUUCCUUCAUAGGUAAAUCUCACAAAAAUGGCUGCUUCAAGGCUAUCUUCGUUGGCGGCCAUGGCCACUGCGGCUGCGUCUUACUCCACGCUCUCCAAUCACGCGUAUGCCGACGGUCCGUUCCGCUUUUAUCCCUUCUCUUCAUCUCCGUCCUCGACUCAACCUCAGACGCCGGAUAAUGACUCUUCUAAUUCAGAGUCCAAAUCUUCCGUCGAAGAAUCGAGAGGCGGUUUCGAUCCCGAAUCGUUGGAACGAGGUGCGAAAGCUCUCAGAGAAAUUAAUAGCUCUCCUAAUGCCAAACAGGUAUUUGAAGUCAUGAGAAAGCAGGAACAGAAUCGGCUUGCGGAAUUGGCAGCGGAGAAAGCUCAUUUUGAAGCCCUUCAGUCCCAAGCUGAUAUUGACAAGCAGCGAAAAUGGGGAGAAGACCAGAGGAAUUUAGUACAACAACAAGCACAGACUAAAGCACAAAUGCUGCGAUAUGAGGAUGAAUUGGCAAGGAAAAGAAUGCAGACAGAUCAUGAAGCUCAGAGACGACAUAAUGCUGAAUUGGCCAGGAUGCAAGAGGAAUCCUCCGUACGAAAAGAACAAGCACGACGAGCAACUGAAGAGCAGAUCCAAGCUCAGCAACGGCAGACUGAGAAGGAGAGAGCUGAAAUAGAACGUGAAACCAUACGAGUAAAAGCCAUGGCUGAGGCUGAAGGCCGCGCUCAUGAAGCAAAACUGACUGAGGACCAUAAACGGAGGAUGCUUAUAGAGCGGAUGAAUGGUGAAAGAGAGAAGUGGCUUGCCGCAAUCAAUACAACUUUUAGGCACAUUGAAGGGGGCCUUAGAGAAUUAUUGACUGAUAGGAGUAAGUUGGUUAUGACAGUUGGAGGAGUUACUGCCUUAGCUGCCGGGGUCUAUACGACCAGGGAAGGUGCCAAGGUUUCUUGGGGAUAUAUUAAUCGGAUUUUGGGGCAGCCAUCACUGAUUCGAGAAUCAUCCAUGGCAAAAUUUCCUUGGUCAGGGAUAGUUUCUCGUGGAGCAAAUCAGUUGCUUAAUUCUGGUAAAGCUUCUAACGCAGCGGCUCUUGUAAAGGGUGAAUCCAGUUUUGGGAAUAUUGUUCUACAUCCUUCCUUGCAGAGAAGAAUAGAGCAACUUGCUCGAGCCACGGCCAACACCAAAACUCACCAGGCACCCUUCCGUAACAUGCUUUUUUAUGGGCCUCCCGGCACGGGUAAAACUAUGGUUGCAAGGGAGAUAGCAAGAAAAUCGGGUUUGGAUUAUGCCAUGAUGACAGGAGGAGAUGUUGCGCCAUUGGGACCACAGGCUGUUACCAAAAUCCAUGAGAUUUUUGAUUGGGCCAAAAAGUCAAAGAAAGGUUUACUGCUUUUUAUUGAUGAGGCUGAUGCUUUCUUAUGCGAGCGUAACAGCACACACAUGAGCGAAGCUCAGCGAAGUGCUCUAAAUGCUUUGCUUUUCCGUACUGGAGACCAAUCAAGAGAUGUUGUUCUAGUUAUUGCCACAAACAGGCCAGGAGAUCUUGACAGUGCUAUUACUGACCGUAUUGAUGAAGUGAUUGAGUUCCCAAUUCCUCAGGAAGAGGAGCGUUUCAAACUGCUAAAGCUUUAUUUAGAUAAGUACCUUUUGAACCAGGGUGACACUGACUCGAAGUGGAGCCCUUUCUUUAAGAGGAAACCACAGAAGAUAACCCUAAAGGAUUUGUCAGAUGAUGUAAUCAGAGAAGCUGCUCAAAAGACAGAAGGUUUUUCUGGCCGCGAGAUAGCAAAACUAAUGGCAAGUGUUCAAGCGGCUGUUUAUGGUCGCCCAGACUGUGUUUUGGAUUCGCAGCUGUUCAUGGAGGUAGUUGAUUACAAGGUUGCAGAGCAUCAACAGAGGAUAAAAUUGGCAGCCGAAGCUGGCCAGCCAGCUUAGGUGGGAAAUUGACUUGUAGUGGAGGUUUUACAUGCAGGAUACAGAAGCGUGCAUCUCUUGGAUCCCAAAAGCGGAAAUUUUGUUUAAUUUUCUUCUAACUUGUUCAGUGUUUUUGGAAAAAAUUGCAUUUAUAUAAAUUUUCUUGAUCAACUGGAAUUUUUUGAGGGGAAUUUAUUCAAAUCCUUGUCGCAAUGUGCUG